AUGGUGCCGCUGCCGCCGCCGCCGCCACUCUCCGGCCUUCCCUUACCUAGGCGGGCCUCCGCCCCUAGUCCCCUCGGGGUGGCAGUAGGGGGUGAAGGAUUGUCCCUCCGGCCUAGCGGCUGCCUAAGGCGGAAGAGCCGCGGGCUAGGGCGGAGCUCCUUGGGCGGGGUGGGACAAGGCGGCAGGGGCGGGCGUAGCGCCUCGGCUGAGGGGCCCGGCGGGAGUAAACCGCCGCGGCCGUGGGAGCUGGGCUCGAGUAGCCGGAGGCGGGCCCUCGUCUUCGCCGCAGCUCCCGCACCCUGCGCUCCCGGGAGCCGCCGGCUCCAGAGCGCUCAGCCCCUGGAUGUUAAGGCCCGCGCGGAUGCCAGCCGCAGCCAGGGAAGUGGCGGCGGUCCACACGCGUCCUCUCCUCAAGGCGGCGCCCGGGCCACCCGGGCCGAAGCGCAGUGGGAGCGCGAUCCUGAGACGUCGGGACCCAGCCGCCCCUGUGUGGCCCGCCGGGGCCCACCCGAGCCCGCAGGGCUUCCGGCCCGAGGGGAGACGCAUUCGAGUGAUCGCGAGGAGCUGACUUGCCGCCCGCAGCCUCGGGCGUGGGAGAGACUCUUCGGCGUAUUGGAGCGGUGCCUGCGAUCCCGCUUGGGUCUGUCCCUCCCUCCACAAAAAUCUGCACACUUUCCCGGAAGCCUUUGGCUGCAGCCGCGGAAGAGCAGGAGGCCACAGGCUCUUCGGGUCUUGGUUACUGGGUCUCUGGUCGUGCCUGGCCUCUUUCUGCAUCUGCUCCACGACCCAGUCGUCUCCCUCCGGCAGCCCAGAACAAUUGGAAGGAAGCGUUGUCGGGCGAAGGGGGAUGCCUGUUGGAGUUUUCCACUAGUUACUGAGUGUUUUUUGCGAAGAAUUUGUUGCUAUUAGUGGCCUCCCGGUCAUCUCUCCCCUCUCUUCCUUAGAGUUCGCGUAACGAGCUGUUCUCGGCUCCGGGAAAGAAAAGCCCUCCAGCGAUUAUGUGGAUCUAAUUAAGUCAAUCGGGAAACAAGCAGAGAGCGGCACUGGCUGGAGGCGGAGCUUGUCCGGAAGCACUGCGGAAGGGUCGCUGCGCUGGGGAAGUCUGCCUGCAGACGUCUCCAAUUUUAUUCACAAAACUGGCCAGCCUCGGGGAAAGCUUCGAGGCUAACUCUAGCCUUCCCACUCCAGACCGAGCUACCGCUCCAAAAUGAGACGGCUGUCUAGCCUUAGCCGGUACAUUUCCUUUCUCCACCCGGAUCUUCCGCUGCUCAGGAGCGAUCAGCUCCCUUAGCCAGGAGACUCCAGAUCCUGUGACCCGCGGGGGCAGACCUCAGACGUGUUCCCGUUCCCAUGCACAGAAAUGACUGGGGCCCCAGUGUGUGCACCUUCAACUCUGCAGCCCACCUGCCCUCUUCCAGGCGCUGGCACAGGGGCAGGUGCCUCCGCCUUAGCCUCCACACGUCUGCCAGGCAAAGUUCGAGAGUAUGAAUUUCCAUCUUCUCUUUCCACUACUCCUGGCCACUGUCCCCUCCCAGCCCCAGCCCCUCCACCCCCAACCAUGAACUAUGUGGUAGGGGGCUCGCUUAAGCACCCUGCAUUCGAGCACUGCCGUGGUGGCGACCAAAGUGAGCUGCGGAACCUGUCGGCUGCUGUUUGUGGGAAGAGGGUUGUGACCUCAGGAGAGAGUGAAAACAGUGCCCCUUGAAAGGCACCAGUCCCGAAGAUCCACAGAGUUCAUGGCGUGGUAGAGAAGCUCCAUGCUGUUGAGAGCAGAGGUGGACAAGGUCAGUGGGGGACGCUUCCAGGUGUGUGGGGGCGAGAACCUCAGGUCUAAAUGCGCUCUUCUGGGCCGAGCCUCUCUUUAUCUGCCCUCACGUGUCUGCCCUCUGGACAACAGUGGCUCCGUAUGGUGGACUGCGACCCUGACUGACGGGCGCCUAUAUUGCGUCCUGCGUCCUCCAGACCUCACAUGCGGUUUUCCCUUCCAGACCUGACGCUUGGUGUCCAACAGUGGACCCAUCAGGACUGCCUGGAAGGCUCCUCAUCCAGGCCCACAACUUUCCCCCAGAGUCUGAAGCCAUGUUACCUGGUCGAGGACUGCAAACCUGCUUGGAGUCAGCAGUGAGACCCCAGCGGGGAAGGAGGAUGUGUAAGGGUGCGCCUGGGUUGAGGGUCUGUGACUGUAGCAUGGAAAAGGAGUUCACGCAGGGAUGGCCCUUUGGGAUAGCCAAGAAUACUUCAGCGGCAGCUUCCUUCCCACCAAUUACACGCGGCCUUCUGACACGGUGGCACUUCAGCAAUCGGACGCCCUUCCCAGGCCCUGAAAUGGGGCAGGGGAGUAGGCAGGGUGCAGAACCACAGGGACCUGUUUCCCAGGCAGAGUAACUGGCAAGGCCUUAAGUCUUCUCGUGGGCGCAGAAAUAUUGCCGGGUCCCUGUGUCCUCUGGGCAGGUGCAGAGCCGCGUAAGCCUCACAGAAGCGGAGCCAGGGGAACAGCGGGAGCUCUGGCAUGGCGGUGCGGACGCUAGUGAUGGAUUCCUGGGGGAACAGGGAGCUCUGGCUUGGCGGUACGGACGCUAGUGAUGGAUUCCUGGGGAACAGCGACCUCUGGAGGAACCUCUCAUCCACGCAAAGAGUCAGGAACUAGUUAGAGGACAAGGUCUGAGACCCAGCACGCUUUCCUCACCCUACUCCCAUUCCACCCGCCUGGAAAAGUUAUCCAAAGACUUAAAACCUCCGGACUCUACUCUUUGCUUAUGUCUGCCUUUUUUUUCCAACCUGUACCCACGUUUCAAAUCCCUGCUCCAGUCCUGCCUCUUCCAGAAAGAAGCCUUCUGGAGAGCUCAGUUCAUCUUCCCCCUUCCUGCUCUGAGCUCAUUCUCAGGCCAUACUGUACUGCAUAGCCGACCUGUUUCCUGCCGGAUCUUCUCCAAAAAGACCGUGAAUCCACUCCACGCAUGCCUUGAGUUGCAUGCUGGACAUCCCAUUCCCGCCCCACCACCUCACCCAACCCCCCAGUAAAUAAAGACUGAAGUUAUUCAUUCCAAAA